AUGGAUGCUAGGGACUGCACUGUGUUAGAGCGACAUUUCUCGAGACUUCAACAAUGUCUCGAACCUUCAAAACUUUUGCGUCAUCUUGAAACAGUCGGUGUUAUCGAUGAAGACGACGUGGAGACCAUUCGCGAAGAGAAAAAGAAAACGUCGAGGGAAAACCAAGUGACAGUGUUUGUUGACAUUAUUAAAAGACGAGAGAACGGCCUCAGACAUUUACUUCAGGCUUUGUUGAAAUCUAAAGUGCAAGAUUUCUUGGCGAGAGAGCUUCUUGAAGAUGAUGUCUAUGAUGAAGAAGGUAAAUACGUUGUUCUGUUAAACUUACAUUUAUUGACAGUAUUUCUGUCUGCUUUUUCACAGCUGCGUUGCGUUACUUUUUUCUAAUUGCCUUUUUGUUUCUAAAUCUAAUCUAAAUUAUCCUACUUUAUUUCUAAAACGUGACUCGGACUUCAUGUGAAAAUUGAAUGCUAGUACAUUAUGAACUACAAAAGCAGCUGUUUCAUCUUUAUAUUUCUCUCCUGUUUACUUGCUCUUAUCAAUAUUGGCUUUGUACGAGAAUUUAAAUAGAUUCGUCUUGUAAGCUGCGUGUUGAAACUUGUGGUGAAGCCCAACUUGAAUCACUUCAUCGUCGGCAAUUAUUAGCACUCGUAUUCCAAGUCCUUUCAAUGACUGUGUAUAUUCCACUGCAAAAUCGGCAUAAAUUAACUCUAUCCGACGAUAUCGUGUAAGUUGCGCGUUCUGGGUUCAUGUUAUGACUAUCAGACGAGAAUCGGAGCAGAUAUUUCGUCGAUCUUUCUAUUACCCGCUUGAUGCUGUGGACUACUUCCUUAACCCCUCAACAACAAUCAGAGCUUAGUACUUAUUUUUAAAAAUCCACAUUUAAGUUUGCGAUAAUAUAAAGCUGGUUAAUUCGUAUUCCAUUGAUAACACACCUCCAUUAGCGGGAACGACAUUGCACAUAACAACAUGUCAUCUUUGCUUAGAUCCCUCAAUUUUAACCUAUGAAUAAUUUUUAAAAAAUUUGUAUAUACGCAUGACUAUGAGACCGAUAUAUAAAGAAAGAGUUCACGUUAACACUCGUCAGUAACCAAGCAUAAGCCAGCUUUGAUGCGGGGUGAGUUUCUGAUGAAACCGCAAUGUAAAGUUAACGAUGUGUCUGUGGGGGGUUAUUACAUGAUAACUUGUUAUUGUCAACUGAGUCGAUAAUGCAAGGCGAGUUGGCCAAAUUUUUUUUCUAACAAAAGAGUUUCUAAUUAAAAACCAACGUUUCCAACGUUCGCUAUUCGUCAGUGCAAAAGAACACGGGAAGGGGUCGAAACUUCAACCUUCAAAAAAACUUCUGUGGCCAAUUCAAAUUAUCAACACAGUUGAUAAAACCAUGUUAUAAGCCAGCCUAGUCGUGUUAAGGUCAUAGUAGCCUAAAGCGGCCUGUCAAUAAUGAGUUCGCUUGUCAGCGUUUGUUCGUCGAGAUCUGAAGAACGCGGAAAGUUUGGAGACCACGAAAGAUGCGUAAGAGUUGCUGGAGGCGUAGCCAAGAGCAAUCCUAGUUUCUUGAGUGCUCUUCACUCUUCUCAAGUGCUACAUAUUUCGAUGAAUACACAGCUCACGUAUGAACUAAUUGUUUAAAAAUUUUUGAAUUUUUUUUUCAUAUAUUAAUAUUUAUUGUCACAAUCUUUGGUAAAUCUUUAUCAAUCGUCUGUUUUUUAAAAAGAAGCUCUAAUGAAGAAAACAUUUGUUGACAACCCAUUACUAACCUGGGAAAGAAAAAAGUAGAUGCUCUUUUGGUUUUCCUCAUAAACUAAGAUUUCAUUUAAUUUUUCACUCGUGUAUAACAUUACUUGAAGACCGGAUUUUAAGUAAAAACAUGUGCAAAUUUUGCCGGAUCGCUAGAUUAUAGCGUUCUACCCGAAAACUGUGGAUAAAAGGCUGUAAAGGAAUGACCAAGAAAUCUCUUUCACUCAAAAGAUUUAUUCUAGGAGGUCCUAGAAGUCCCGUCAGAUGCGAAAAACGCACGAGUUUCUCAGGUUUAUGGAGCCCACGCAUUAUAUUCACCAUGCCGAAAUCGUUGUUUGACUUUAUGGUCAGAAAAUUGCGUAACGCUGUGUUAAAAUUUCUGAAAGGUAUUAAAUUUUACACAAAAUCCUUUACGGAAAUAUAAACAAUUAUUCAACAGGUCAAAUAAUUUUCCAAAUGUCGCACAAGCCUCACCUGAUCGAAGGCAGCAAGGUCAGUUUUCAUUUUAGCCAUAACCCUGAUUUCUCUCAGGGUUAUGGCUAAAAUUUAGGCUUUUUAACUCGAAACGGCCACUUUUGUCGAUAUUGGGGCUUAGAUGAACAUUAUUUUCUAGCUCGAGUAUCAUUUAGCAUUUUCACGUUUCUUUAGAGCUCCAAAAGGUCAAUUUCGACUUGGAAGGAAUGAGAAAAGCGUGAAGAAAAUUUUAAAACACGCAACUCAAAUAGACGGGUAAUUUGCAGCAAAGUACAACUGCAUAUGCCACGUUAAGAGCGCAAUGCCUUACGUACGAUAUGAGAGAUUUAGACUAUGGUGGCUUAAUUAACAAAUAGAGAAGCCUUGAAUGUGCUCUUUUCUGUUGUAAAGAACCGAGAAAGCGGCCUCAGCACUUAAGAAGUGUAGGGAGAAACACGCGACGUAGUAAAACAAAUAACAUAAUCAAUCAAGCCCUCCGCUUACAAGUUAUGAAUUUCACCGUCGUCAUUCUCUGACCUUUCAGUCGGGUGGGGGCAGGGAAAAGAGGCGGAUGCUUAAGAGGGUAUAAAGUGUGAGUUGACAUAAAUGUAUGAAUGAGGUGAUUGGAAGGAGAAUUAUUUAGGUUACCCACGGCAGUGAUGUCAGUUUCUAACAUGUAUACUUGAUACACAUCCAAUUGAUUUAAUUUUUCAGAAAUCAGCAGUAUAUUGAUGGAACUGGAAAACGACUUGGAUGAGACUCAAUCCUUGAAAUUGAGCCUUAUUGAAGAGCAAAAACGGCACAAAAACACUAAGAGGGAGUUGGAGGACAUCAGGAGAAGCUCCAUCGUGUUCAGUGACUCUAGCAGCUCGGGUCUAUUCGCUGAUUAUGAUUCUGCUCCGAGCGACGGCGAGGAAUUUUGUGACUACUCACCCAGAGAGGAGAUUGAAAACACGCUAAGUCUGAACGAAGACCAUUCCGCAUCAAUUUUUGAUCAAGAUCAGACUAAGUUCCAAGACACGGAACCUAAAUCAGCGGCGAUAAAUGACGAUUUAGAAUGGGAGCAUGAAGAUGGCUGGCGAAAGUUUGGGAGCCUUGAUAACCUAAACUCUCUGACUAGACAAAAAUCUGAAGGAGGUUCGACUAUUAAGCUGCGGAAAAGCUCCUCCAUGGGAAAAUUGAACAGUGAUGGUCGAGGGAGGUACGUGGACGAACGUAGACGCUCUGGAAAUGCUAGGUGGUGCAGCGACGAGAGCCUUGAGGGCAGCAGAAAAUUGUCAAAUUCGCUACACAGACGACCAAGAGACGAUGGAAAAAUGGACCUCCUUGAGAGCAAAGUGGCUCUUCUGGAAAAAAGGCUUCGAGAUGAGCAGCGGAAGCGUCAGAUUUCCGAAAAUGAAGUUGCCAAGUUGCAAGUAGAGAAGGAGAAUCUGUUCGAGGAACUUGAAGAUACUCGAGACCAGCUACAUGUAAGACUCAGCCAACUGAAUCUGUUCUGCGCUGAUGACGAUUGCUAUGAAGGAGAGCUACAUUUCGAGCAAAGUGAAAAUGUCGACGAUUUUUCAGAAGUACGAAAGAUGAACUAUGAAACUAGUUCCAUGGAAAGACCUAUCCAAGCGCCAACCGGAAUUGCGGAGACCGCUUCCCGUAGCAGCUCACCUGGCGUUGAUAAGCUUCGUACCCAGUCUGAGCAAAUGAGAAGAACACGUCUGACGGGAAGUUGGAGAGCAGUGAAUGCUCAGUUUUACGAGCUGGACGAAUACGAUGAUGAGAUUAAGGUCGAAAUGGAUCCAAGUAAUAUUAUGGACACAUUGCGCAGACUCAAAACGCAUAAUAACUGUUUGUAUAACGAUAUAUUGUAUGAAAGAGAUGAGCUUAAGAGUCUGAAAAAAAGAGCGUCAAGACUAGAAUCACUCAAAUGA